AGUCCUUCUGCCCCGCUUUUGACUGGCAAAUGUGACGCUCGGGCCAUCCCAAAACUGGUACUUUUGUGUCCCGGUUCGCCCGCUUUUCCCUACAACAGCUUUUUGGGGUUAUUCGGCCCACAUUUGAAUUUUGUGUCUUCUACGUUCUCGAUACUUAUCUCCGCACCAGUAGUUGAAAAUCGUGCUUUGACCAUGGCCGACCAACCUAUUGCUGUAGAUUCGGAUUUGUAUGCUAUUGACUGUACCUAUUAUCCCGAUGAUUGGCAAUCGGAAACCACGUCCAUCGGAUCUUCGAUUUACCGAGGUUUGAUGGAAAAUGGCAGACGCCUUCCUUCCGACGAACGACAAUUCGAAGCGUACGAAGCUGGGCAUCUUGUUGCUCUCAUCAUGGAUUCGGAAAGGGAAAACCCAUUCUUCCGAUCUCCUAUUGGUGACUCACCCCAGCAUAUUCUAGACAUAGGAACUGGCCGGGGGACCUGGGCUAUUGACGUUGCCGACAUGUUUCCUAGCGCAACCGUUCGUGGGGUCGAUCUUUUUCCGCCACCGGUUUCCUGGAUGCCCCCAAAUUGCAUUCUGGAGGUCGACGACGUGCAGCGGGAUUGGACAUGGCAAGGGUCAUUUGAUUUGAUACAUAUGCGUAUCAUGAUUGGGUCAUUUGAUGGAACAGAAUGGGACAGCCUCUACCAGCAAUGCUUUGAGAAACUUUGCCCGGGUGGGUGGAUUGAGCAAUUGGAGGUCAGUCCCAUCAUUGAGACUGAUGAUGGCAGCCUGCCCCCGGACAACAUCCUGAAUGACUGGGGUCCUAACAUGCUGGGUUGCGGUGAGCGCGCCGGUCGGGGCUGCGACACCUUCGAUACUAUGGCCGGGAGAAUUCGAAACGCGGGAUUUGUCGAUGUUCAUGAGAAACUUUACAAAUGGCCCAUUGGGCCGUGGCCUAGAGACCAGAAACUGAAGGAUGCAGGCACCGUUAAUUUCCAGCACUGGGUUAAUGGGAUAGAGGGUUGGUGUAUGUGGUUGCUCACCAAGUUUGGCCACCCGCAACCCUGGGACAUAGAUGAAGUCUAUGUAUAUGUAGCCAGGCUGCGAAAAGAGCUUAAUAAUCCACGGUUUCAUAUAUGGCAUCAAGGACGGAGAGUAUGGGCGCGGAAGCCGAUGCCAAGAGAUGCGCCGGAUAAUCCAAAAAUUCGUUCAACGAGACCAUCAUUCCAACCGUCACCUUGA